AUGUCCUUUAUCACUUCUAUCUUCUUUCUCUCUUCUCCUCUCUUUCUCACUUCUCCUUUCUCUAUUCUCUUAUUCCCUUUCUCUUCUCUUAUCCCCUUUCUCUCUUCUUCUCUCUUUCUCACUUCUCCUUUUUCUCUUCUCCUAUCCACUUUCUCUCUUCUCCUAUCCCCCUUUCUUAUUUCUCUUAUCCCCUUUCUCUCUUCUUCUCUCUUUCUUACUUCUCCUUUUUCUCUUCUCCUAUCCCCUUUCUCUCUUCUCCUAUCCCCUUUCUUAUUUCUCUUAUCCCCUUUCUCUCUUCUCCUUUCCCUCUUCUCCCUAUCCCUUUCUCUCUUCUUCUCUCUUCUCCUUUCUCUUCUCCUAUCCCCUUUCUCUUCUCUUAUCCCUUUCUCUUUCUUCUCCUUUUUCUCUUCUCCUAUCCCCUUUCUCUCUUCUCCUUUCCCUCUUCUCCUAUCCCCUUUCUCUCUUCUUCUCUCUUCUCCUUUCUCUCUUCUCCUAUCCCCUUUCUCUUCUCUUAUCCCCUUUCUCUCUUCUUCUCUUUUCUCCUUCUCCUUUUUCCUUCUCCUAUCCCCUUUCUCUCUUCUCCCUAUCCCCUUUCUCUCUUCUCUUAUGUCCUUUCUCUCUUCUUCUUUUCCCUCUUCUCCCUAUCCCCUUUCUCUCUUCUUCUCUCUUCUCCUUUCUCUCUUCUCCUAUCCCCUUUCUCUUCUCUUAUCCCCUUUCUCUCUUCUUCUCUCUUUCUUACUUCUCCUUUUUCUCUUCUCCUAUCCCCUUCUCUCUUCUCCUAUCCCUUUCUCUCUUCUCCUUUCCCUCUUCUCCUAUCCCCUUUCUCUCUUCUUCUCUCUUCUCCUUUCUCUCUUCUCCUAUCCCCUUUCUCUUCUCUUAUCCCCUUUCUCUCUUCUUCUCUCUUUCUCACUUCUCCUUUUUCGCUUCUCCUAUCCCCUUUCUCUCUUCUCCUAUCCCCUUUCUCUCUUCUCUUAUGUCCUUUCUCUCUUCUCCUUUCCCUCUUCUCCUAUCCCCUUUCUCUCUUCUUCUCUCUUCUCCUUUCUCUUCUCCUAUCCCUUUCUCUUCUCUUAUCCCCUUUCUCUCUUCUUCUCUCUUUCUUACUUCUCCUUUUUCUCUUCUCCUAUCCCCUUUCUCUCUUCUCCUAUCCUCUUUCUCUCUUCUCCUUUCCCUCUUCUCCUAUCCCCUUUCUCUCUUCUUCUCUCUUAUCCUUUCUCUCUUCUCCUAUCCCCUUUCUCUUCUCUUAUCCCCUUUCUCUCUUCUUCUCUCUUUCUCACUUCUCCUUUUUCGCUUCUCCUAUCCCCUUUCCCUCUUCUCCUAUCCCCUUUCUCUCUUCUUCUCUCUUCUCCUUUCUCUCUUCUCCUAUCCCCUUUACUUCUUCUCUUAUGCCCUUUCUCACUUUUAUCUGCUUUCUCUCUUCUUCUCUCUCUCUCUCUCUCUCUCAUUUCUCCUUUCUCUCUUCUCCUAUUCCUUUUUUCUCUUCUCCUAUUCCUUUUCUCUCUUCUUGUAUCCCCUUACUCUCUUCUCUUCUUUCUUCAUUUCACUCUUUACAAUUUUUUUUCACUCUCUCUCUCUCUCUCUCUUCAACCCUCUUUCUCUCUCUCUCCUUUACCCUUCCUCUCUCUUUUCAUUUUCCUCUCUUGUACAAUUUUUUCUUUCUCUCAGAUUUUUCUCUUGUCACUCAUUGUCUCUUUCUAA